AUGCGAUCGUUCAGCCUUAUCACAGGGCUUAGUGCCUUAAUAUCCUUCUUUGUUACUACACUUGCUUUAGGAUCUGUUGACGAGACAUGCCAAAAAGGGCUCUACGUGAGCCUGUCCCCCUUGUCAAACGAUGUUUGGGCUCAAAGAUUCUGUUCCAGUGUAUACGAGAGAACCUCUACUGCUAUUGUGACCACGAUCGUCACCGAGACGACAGUUUCUGAUGCGGUCGCCACCACCACCUCGACCACGCUGACUACUACGACUGCAAGCACCACGACCACCUCAACAAUCACGACAACGACUACAAGCGUUAGCACAAGCACUACUGUCACUACUACAACUUCCACCUCGGUGUCAACCGAAACAAGUACUGCGUCCGUCACCGUAACUGCGGCUGCAUUAAAGAAGAGAUAUGUCGGAUGCCAGGAGACGAAGGCGACGUCGCGUAGAAGACCUACUGCGCCUGUCUUUCACGGCAAACCCUUUCAUCAGCCAGAGUUCAAGGCAAAACCUAAUCCAGAGUACAGUGAUGGGUCCGGUGAUUCGCCAUCAGACUACCAGGGACCAGCAGAGGCCAUGCAAGAUACUCCCACCAGACCAUUCCAUGACACUUCGCCCGAUUACCCAUGGCACGGAUCACCGCAUGGGGAAGACUCGCCAAGUAGCGAUAUAGCUUAUGGUCACAGUACUCCUACAGAAUAUACCCCGACCAUUCCGACCCAGGACGGGUACACAUCAGACUAUUUGGCUUCGCUCUACCACGGUUUACUAUCUCUGCCACCAGCUUCGGCAAGCCAAUACUGUUCAUGUUAUCAGUCUACAGAGACAUUUACGACAUCUACCACGACCAUCACGGCGGACACAACUGUGAUCACCUCUGGAACAGUCACAAAAGUGGUUACCAGAACGAUUAGCACCACGUCCACUUUUGUCUCCACGACGACCACGACUUCCACGGUACCCUCAAUAACGGAGAUCACCAGCACAGACACGGCCAGUACAACAACGACAACGACGACGACUUCGACAUCUACAAUAACGUUCACUCCUGUCCCCGUUGCCACGAGCUGUGUGGAUCUUGCACCGUCGUAUACUGCUGCAAAUGGCGAAGCGUUUAAUAUCCAAUGCUCUGCCCUCUUUUUCGGAGGAUCGAACCAAAUCGUAACGGUGCCGACUGAGAACUUCCGUGCUUGCCUUGAAUUGUGCUCCAAUACCGCGAAUUGCGUUGGUAUCGACUACGAUCGGUUCAAUGUAUUAUGUGUUCUGCUCAGUUCUGUUGGUGCGGGCAAUAACGAUCCCAAUUUUGAUCGGGCGGCGGUAGUGUAG